CACACACAGUACGUACGAUCGAGCACCUAGCAGCAGCAGCAGCAGCAGCUAGCAGCAAUGGAGUCCACCAAGCUCUCCGCGCUGCUGGUGCUCGCCAUGCUCGCGCUCUCCUCGUCCCCGCUCGCUCUCGCGUGGGAGAAGGCGGAGCCGGAGUGCCACUCGUGCGAGUCCGGCUCGCCACCCUCGACCGGCGUCCCCCUGCCCCCUAUCAGCAUACCGUCAGUCCCCUUGCCGCCUGUCAGCAUACCGUCGGUGCCCCUGCCGCCUGUCAGUAUACCGUCGGUCCCCAUCCCGAAGCUCCCCGUCCCGCCCGUCACCUUACCCCCUGUCAGCGGGCUGCCGCCGGUCAGCCUCCCGCCCAUUCCGAUCAUCGGAGGAAGCCCGACGAAGAAGGGACACCGGAAGGCGUGCCCGCCGCCUCCGUCUCCCCCGACGCCGACGCCGACGCCGACACCGUCCUCGGACAAGUGCCCCAUCGACGCGCUGAAGCUGGGCGCGUGCGUGGACGUUCUCGGGAACGAGGUGCACAUCGGCGACGCCAACGUCAAGUGCUGCCCACUCGUGAAGGGCAUCGCCGGGCUCUCCGCGGCGGCGUGCCUGUGCACCGCCAUCAAGGCCAAGGUGCUGGACAUCUCCGUCUACGUGCCCAUCGCGCUGGAGGUGCUCGUCAACUGCGGCUGCGCCGUCCCGCCAGGCUACAAAUGCACUUAAACGAGUCCAUUCCCUUCCAUUUCCAUCCAUCACGCGUGCACAGCAACGUCUCCUUUUGCCUUCCCAAAUGCAAAGUUUGAAAGGCUCGUCGACGGAUUUGGGUGGAAGCCGCUCGCCUCCGGGCUGUUCAGCUAGUGCAUUCUUCUUUAUUUCAUUUCAUUUGCUGUUCUUGUUGCAUGACUGUAUAUGCAUCUAGUGUCUCCUCAAACGUCACUUGUACCUUUGUGUGAUCUUGUAUCAAACUAUUUUUUUUUCGGAUUCGAUUAUUGUUUGGAGUGCUAAAUUAAGGCGCAUUGUCAUCAUCAUUUUA